AUGGAUCAUAUGUCGGCACUAACGCACUACCUGAUCGAACCUCCGAGCAACGGGCACAGGCGUGGUGAAACGAGCGCCCUGUCUGACACGCCAAAUGGUGACUCCCCUUCCGCACCCCUAGUCUCCUUCGUCUUUCCCGACUUCCGCUCGAUCGGUAACCUCCGACGCUCACUCCCGCGCGACUUCUGUGCGACGGAAACGGUGCUGCUUUCGGGCUACGAGAUCUACAUGGUGGAGCAGUGGGCUUGUGACCGCAAGCUCAACACGGUGGUGGUGACGUACACGGGCAAUGAAACUCAUAAGAUCAAAGGCCUCCGCAUCACGAUUCACCGCGACAAGGCGUUAUGGCCCACGGAGUUUCAACGGUACUUCGACGAUGUCUACGGUUACCACUCCAAGCCCAAAGAGACGCAGUAUGGAUUUCUCUUCGUGACCAACAUCUCGGCAUUCCCCUCAAAUCUCACGUUGGUGCCAGUGCCCAACGGGGACAUCCGCACGAUCUCCAAGGCCUUUGAGACCAACGUAGACUUGCGUCGCGUCAAUUGCACUGGCCGUGCGGGGCUCCUCCUCUGUCAGCCAUCCCAGGCCACCGAGCACAAGUUCCGACAGAUGUUCCGCGUGUGCCCAAAGCUAACUAUCCAGUACGCGGUCAGAGAGAUCGUGCUGAUCGUCCAGAUCACAUUGUACUAUUUCGAUAUGUUUGAUCCCGCGUACGGCGACGGCUUCUUGUGCAACAAGACCGAGGCGGCUAUUAAUCACUGGUGGGAUGCGGUGGGCACGCCGCGGUACCAGGUGGUGGAGCGGGCCACGCCAGGCGCAGGCCUCAACGCGCGCAUCGUCUCCGCGUUGCUCGGAACGCUCUUGGGUAUUCGCAGCCGCUUGAAUUUAGUGGGUAUCGACGUGCCAAAGGACCCGUACUACUACUUCGACUCGUUUGAGUCGGCGAUUGGCGUGUUUCAGCGCCAGAACAAAUUGCAUCGGACACGCAAGUUGGACCCCGCGACGCUCGCGGAAGUGUACCGUGCAUCCGACGCCAAAUUGCGCGCGCAUCAGGGCUCGUUGAAGUUCACCAAGGCCGUUAAGAGCACCGUGCAAGACAUCAGUCGAUUGAAACGUGAAUUGGUACCUGCGUGCUACGAGACACUUGAUAUCGAGGCGUUGAUCAAGAUCGUCGGUGGCCGCCGCUUGGGCACCCUCUGGGCGGAGAAGAGCGGCAGCGACCGCGUGGAUCCGUUCCCGACAUUGGCCGAGUUAACCCACCAGAACAAGCGCGAGCUGAAGAAGGACGAGUACUAUGACACCAAGAGCGGGUCCCAUGGCCUCUAUAAGAGCGUUGACAAGCUCAAGCUCGGUCUCCACAACAAGAAGACCCAGCUCAAGGACUUGUACACCGGUACCAGCGACGCGUUGGUGGAGGAGAAGGCACCUGUCGCGUUCUACAAACCAGCAGAGAGCUGCGAGCGCACCCAGACGAACUGUAUUGACGCGUGUGUGGUGGUAGACGUCGAUAUGGAACAGUUCUACCAGACGGCGUUGCACCGGCGGAUGUCAUUUCCGUUCGUGGAGGUGGAGAAGAACUUCGCAACCACCGUGAAGCAGCUCGACCCUCAGGGUGUAAAGCAUCCAGGGGGGUCGAUAAAACGUCUUAAGGGGUCCAAACGCAAGGUGUCUACACGUCUUGAGAGCGCGAAACUUGUUUUGCCUAAGGAUCAGAAAGUUUCAGAUACCGCCCUUGAAUCUGUUCUCAACGUGACAGGUCCCUGCCAGGCUUUACCAUGUCCUUUGAACACACCCACGUUGAGACGCACUCACAGCUUCGGCGAGGCAUCGGACUCAAUUCUCCGGUAUGACUACCCGUUCCUCUCAUCACCGUUCGCCAUCAGCCAGCGCUAUCUCAAGAGCUUAAAAGAUUACAAGGAAUUUAACCGGUGCUACGAUAUGGUAUUGGAGAGCGACUGCCACGCGAACUACCAGGUGAUCAUCGAGGACUGGCAAUCCCAGUGCAAUGGAAUUGCGUCGCGCGCCACACAGCUCCACUGGCAGCAGGCCACCAAGACGCAGCAGAUGGGCAAGUUGGGCAUGAAGAUGGCGGACAUCGACUCGCUCUCGGCUAAGCUAAGCUACGAGUUGCGUGUGUUGGGGAAGCGUGUGGUGGAGCUCGAAGACAACUCGACGCAGUUUAGCGCGAAGCUCGACGUGGUAGCGGCGGAGGUGGCGGGGUUGAAGAAGUGCUACAAGAUAGCCAGCGUGCCCCAUGCUACCCAGAGCGCGUUGCUGGACGUUUCGGUGCCGUUUUACUGUGCUAUGCGCCACCUUGUCGGUACCAUGGAGUACCUCAAGUUGCGCAUCGACUGGCAGAGGGUCCGAAGCCUCUGGCAUAAGGUUGACAAGAACAACCACAUCACCAAUACGCUUUCUCCGUACUUGGGUUAUGCCGCCGCCACCGUCGACUCUAGUGUCUCUGUAAGUGAGAGUCGAUAA